AAUACUACCAAUAGACAAAUCUAGAGUAGAGUUACUUAUAAUUAAACGGACAAGGAAGGAGGACCACUUUCCAACUCAUCCACAAAAUUAACGAAAAAAGUAAGCAGAAAAAUCCUGCAUCAUGGCUCCGACGAUUGAGGCCGGCGGAGCAGAGGCCCCUCUCCUCCCUAACCACCACGACGACAGCUCGAAGAAGCGGCCAUCGCUGCCGGGGGCCGUCUUCAACGUGGCGACGAGCAUAAUCGGCGCCGGGAUCAUGUCCAUUCCAGCCACUCUCAAAGUCCUCGGAGUUAUUCCAGCCUUCUUGAUGAUCGUUUUGAUAGGUGUAUUGGUGGAAAUAUCUGUGGAGUUCAUGCUCAGGUUUACAUACUCCGGCGAGGCGCGGACCUACGCCGGACUAAUGAAGGAGUCUUUCGGCCGGUGGGGCGCCGUCGCUGUGCAGAUUUGCGUCAUGAUCACCAAUCUCGGUUGCCUCAUAAUGUACCUCAUAAUCAUUGGGGAUGUGCUGUCGGGGACAGGGGCGGAUCACUUGGGUGUUCUGCAAGAAUGGUGCGGGGUCCACUGGUGGAACACACGCGCCGUCGCCCUCCUCUUCAUAACCGUUUUUGUCAUGCUUCCACUUCUCUUGUAUCGUCGUGUAGAAUCACUAUGGCUGAGUUCAGCAAUAUCAGUGCUCCUAGCAGUUGUGUUUGUGGGUAUAUGCACAGCGAUGGCCGUCGCUGCUCUCAUCCAAGGUGAAACAAAGACUCCAAAAUUCCUUCCCGACUUGGACGGCGGAGCUUCCUUCUUCAACCUCUUCACCGCCGUCCCUGUCAUCGUCACUGCCUUCACCUUCCACUUCAAUGUUCAUGCAAUUGGAGUGGAGCUAGGCAAGGCAUCUGACAUGAUGAGCGCCGUGAGAAUUGCCCUUAUACUCUGCGCUGCUAUUUACUUUGCCAUCGGAAUAUUCGGGUACCUCCUUUUCGGGGAGGGGACCAUGGACGACAUACUGGUGAACUUCGACGAGAGCGCGAGCUCGGGCUUGGGUUCGUUGCUGAACGACAUGGUCCGUUUAAGCUACGCGCUGCAUCUGAUGCUCGUCUUCCCUCUCUUGAACUUCUCAUUGAGGUCCAACAUCGACGAGGUCCUCUUCUCCAAGAAGCCUCACCUGGCUGCGGACAACAACAGAUUUCUUGCCCUCACUCUUGCUUUGCUUGCUUUGUCAUACAUUUUGUCAAUCGCCAUUCCCAGUAUUUGGUACUUGUUCCAGUUCAUGGGCUCCACUUCCGCCGUCUGCCUCGCCUUCAUCUUCCCAGGUGCCGUUGCGUUGAGAGAUAUUCAUGGAAUUUCUACAGCACGGGACAAGAUUAUAGCGACGAUAAUGGUAAGUCUUGCAGUGAUUACAAGCUGCAUAGCUAUUUCCACCAAUGUAUAUACGAUGGUCGUAUGAUAGAACAGAAUUAGUUAGAUUAUUGUGAGCUACGGCUACAAAUACAAUUAUCCAUUAUUUACUCUUCAUAUGUAAUAUGUAUGAAUAUGAUGAUUGAUGAGGAGUUGAGGAUUGCAACUA